CCAGUUGACUAUAACGAGGCAAAUGUGGCCCGUGCGAUGCAGUAUCAGAAGAAUUUGGAAGCUGAUUUAGGCGGAACAGAAGUCUACCCGGCUUUGGAAGAGGCGUUCCAAUCUCCCUUGACUGGUAAAGAUUGGUACAAACAAAUCAUUUUCUUCACUGACGGAGAUGUGAACAAUGCGGAUGAGGUAAUUCUCUUCUUCGUUGAUUUUCCCCGCCUUCCCGAUGACCACUCACAUUCGGUUCGUGUUUGUUUUAGUGCCAAUAAUGGUCGAUUACUUCACAACGCUAUCGCUGGUGUACUGGUGGGCGAGUACUUGUGA